GAAGGGAUCUAAAGCAACUCCCUUGGUCAUAUCCAAGCACAACUGCUGCAUCUCCCAGCCAAUCCCUGGUUCAUGUCCACCCCCCGUUGAUUAAGUGCCAGUCGUGCAACCAUCUUAAGAUCCUUCCGUCAACAAACCGACCAAGAUUUUUUUAGGCCAAGGCUAUGGAUUAGCCAUUGUAUGACCUAUAAAACCCCGUAUCGGUCGAGGCACCCAGAAUCGAGUCUCAGCACACGACAGGUGCAAGGGCCUCGGAGCCGAAGGCCAGAUCAAUGAUGCCCUCAAGAGUGGCAAGGCCAAAAAGCCCAAGUUGUGAGUGAUGGCCGAGUCGUGCGUGUUGCUCAUGCAAUCUAGCACACCGAUGGAAGCUUCCAGUGAAUACAGGUCAUGGAGAAUCUAGCACGCCGGGGCUUUCGACAAGAUAUAUUUAGCAGAUACUCUCCAAGAAAUAGACGGUUGUAUAGAUUUAGAAUUGACUAGUCUGAAAACAUAGAUGGCCCCAUCGCUUCAACUUCAACUCGAUUUGAUUCAUAAUUGAAGGCUGCAACCCGAUCCGUUCUUCCCACUUUUUUUUCAUCCAGUCUGCCGCUUUUUACCCCUCCCAAUAGACCCAAUACCUCCAUACUUCUUUUGAUCGACUUCCCACACCUUUAAACCUAUCUACUAUGGAUACCUACUGUGAAACUUGCCAGCGUCAAUUCAGACAACCCGAGCAUUAUCAGCAACAUCUGCGCAAUUCGCCGCGGCAUCGCCAUAACCAUGACGCUCACGAUUUCCGGCCAGCUGAUGCUGGAGUGCGUUGUGUCUCAUGCAGAGACAUUUUCUAUUCCAUACACGAUCUAAUACGACAUCAACGUUCCUGCACCUCCCAAGGCACGGAGUUUGUGUGUGAUCACCCUGAUUGUUUGAGAGGUUUUACCAGCCAGUCGUCUCGCCUGCAACACUUCGAGACAGGGAGAUGUCCAUCCCAGGUCGAUCUCCAGGUGGUCGACAAUUAUUUCAGCCUCCAUUGCGACCCCCAUGGACGAUUUGUUAGACGAUCCCUGAUCACCCGUAAUCCCCCGAUGCCUAGGUUCAAUCGCGAUAGGAAUCGUCGCUACCGCUGUAGGCAAUGCCCCAAGCGAUUCCGGACUCAGAAUCAACUGAUGUCCCAUGUCUGGAGCCCGAAGCACAAAAACUGGGGUCGCAGGCCCUACAAGUGCCCCUCGGAACGCUGCCGACGCGCCGAGUUCUAUUCAUUGAGCAACCUCAUGUAUCAUCUCGAGAACGGUGGAUGUGAGGCGCAUCAUAGACGCGAGCUGGACGCGCGAAUUCUUGACCUGGUAGACAUAGUAGCACUGUUCUGAUAGGCAUUCAAAAGCCUACUUCUUUCCCUCUUCAAUUUAGGUUCCUCUUCACUUAAACGUUACUAUGCGAUCAAACUCAUACCUCAAACCAAAAAAAAACAAAAAAAACCGGUGGAUAUGUAUUAUUCCAAUGAGAUCUCAACUCCCUUUUUUUAUCUUUUAUGUAUAAUCACUUCGCCUGCUUCUACCUAAGUGUAUAAAAAUGUAAAUUCUAGCUUUUACUGCUGCUCAUGUAGACCUCACUUUCCAUUAACAUCACUCAAAGGUAUCACUAAAGUAUAACCAACAAAAUUAGCCCCAUGAGCAAUCACAUCUUUCCCAAUUCCAGUUGUAAAAUAAUGAAAGUGCUAGUCCAUGUUUUAGUUCAGUCUAAUUUACAUCACUACUGCUGGAGCUCUUCUAUUAUUCUGCUUGACAGUUAUUGUGAUGUUGGUAUUCCUGAUCAGAUGAUCAUUAGGAUUGAAUCUAUUCUGGGUUCUAUUCCUGCCCAUUCUCCAAUACUUCUCUGCCAUUUCCUCAAUUGAAUUCAAGACCAGUAUCUGCCAACCAAUAGCCAUAAAAAUCCCUUACCAUUCACAAAG